CCCAAGGUGGAUCCCAGGAAAGGAACUGUACCAUCAGGGAACAGAGACUAAAAGAGAGAGAACAUAGGAAAGCUACAUGACUACAAAGCAACCAUGUGUGGACCCAAGGCCAUGGAUAACAAGCUAUUUGGAAAAGUUCUGAUGAAACAGGGUCUGGGACUAAUUGUGAUUGGGCAUCUUAAUUUUAUAGUGGGGGCUAUAGUUCAUGGAUUGAUUUUGAGGCAUGUAGCAAAAAAGGUCGACGGCUUGUCACUACAGUAUUCUAUAACCAACAUCACUGCUGUGGCUUCUGCAAUUCUGAGCAUUUCCUGUGGAAUAGUGGCCAUCGUUCUCUCGCGGUAUCUAGCAAACGUUUCUUUGCGCUGGGCAGCGGUGAUACUAAGCAUAAUUAAUGCAAUAAUCUCUGCAGCUUGUACGGUAGGCCUUACUGUAUCUGUUAUUAUCACUGUGGCCAACGAGGGGCGCACUCUGCUGUCUACAUGUACAUUUACCAACCUGCAGUUUAUACAGAUAUCACAUGAAUGUCCCUUUGAUCCUACACGAAUCUAUAGCACCACAUUGUGUCUCUGGGUAAUAUCUAUCCUGCUGUCUGCUGUAGAAAUGGUGUUCAGCGCGCGCUGCUACUUUACAGUUCUCCAGCUGAUGGAUGUUCAUCUGUGUCACAAGAUGAAAAAGAAAGUCAGAAUACAGAUACCCCUAGAAGAGAGGAUGAGUGCAGAAGAGGAAACGCUUGGCAGCCAAAGUGAGUGGCUUUGAAGUUUGAAGGACUGACCGAUGGCUGGAGAUUAGGUUUAUCAAAUGUGUUAAUGGACACACAGCAACCCUAUUGGAUAAAUAGGAAGACAUACCUCUGGACGGUCUGGCAAUCUCUGCAGCAAGAUCCUGUGGAGAAAUAUCUAAACUACAGUGCAUGGACCCACAUUUUUUACGUGGAUAGGACUUUCUGAAGUUGUACAGUGAUACAUGGUUGAUCUUAUGUUGGGCUCCAGGAUUUUCUCAUAAUAUACAAUACUAUUUUAUGGAGCAAGAAUACAGUAUCUUACAAAAGUAAGUACACCCUUCAAAUUUUUGCUAAUAUUUUAUUCUAUCUUUUCAUGGGACAACACUGAAGAUAUGACACUUUGAUACAAUGUAAAGUAGUCCGUGUACAGCUUGUCUAACAGUG